AAUUGAUUUGGAAAUGGAUCCAGGUGACGUGGAAUGUAAUUCAGUGUAGAAGAAGUUUGCCUUUAGCGAAUCCAACGUGAAACAUGUUUUUUCACUGUUUGGUGGCAAUGUUGCUCUGAACGUUAUACAACUUAGCCAGAUUAUCAGCGUUUUGGAAUGGAACAUAUCCAUCCAAUCACUUCAAGUUUACGGACGGAACAAAUUUUGGGUCUUCGCUAUUUAACUCUUAGUCAUCCGAGCAUCUUAUGGCCCUAUCAAUAAUCGUUCCUUUCGUCAGCAAUGUUGUUUCUUUUGGAGCUCUACACAGAAAACAAGAGUCAGACGGAAAAGCUACUCUCGCCAUCCUUAGCCACAAAGACACGACUUCUAGCAGCCUAGGAUGAUCUCCUAAUAGCAGGGACAAGUGAACUGUAUUCUGAAGAACACCGUCCUUGAACGAGCGUAGAGGUCUUCCAAGAUUGAUUUGACUGUUGGUGAACAGCAGAAGGGUCCUUGCUAUCAACCCGAGAAGGGGUGGUCAGCGUCAAACCUUUCUUGUGAGAGAUUCAGUGUAAAACAAUGCACCAAUCUUUAUCCAAAAUACGGAGCCCUUUUGGGCGGGUGGAGAAGACAUUUGCUCUCUUCAGUACGAGCUCCGUGGCCAAUCAAAAACCCCUCAAAACCAUAAUUGGGUCCCAUGAUUUGGACGAAGAGUUCCAACAACGUCUUACUCACUAUUCCGCUUUCCAACCCUCUCCAUUGUCUAUCAAAGAGUACCUUGAAUUCGGGCAGAACUCUGGGUCCAAGCAAUCAUUUCGGUUUCUUCGCAGAGAAGUGCCCGUGAGACUGGCCAAUAUCAUGAAAGAGUUGCAGUUCCUGCCGAAAGAUCUUCAAGGAACCCAAGGCUGUCGCGAGAUUACAGACCAAUAUGUGCAGAGCUUUCAAGACCUCCUGGCCUUUGAAGGCGCGUCAGAUGAGGCCGAUGAUGUUUUAGAGAAGUUUACCAAUGUGUUGGUCGAUGUUCGAGAGCGGCACUCGGCCACAGUUACCACCAUGGCCUCGGCAGUUCUCGAAGUCAAAGCCAAGUAUUCUCAAUCGGGUAAGAAGGAAGACAAAAAGGCCAAAUUGCCCAAGUUUGAGCGCAACAUCCAGUAUUUUCUGGAUCGUUUGUACACGUCGAGAAUUUCCACUCGGAUGCUCAUUAAUCAACACACUUUACUCUUUGGCGACAAGGUUGAUCAGGGCCAACGAAGUGUUGGUGCCAUUGACCCCAAUUGCUCCGUCAUUCCCAUCGUGGAACGAGCUUAUGAGAAUGCUCGCUUCCUAGCAGAGCAAUACUAUAUGGCAUCCCCCGAGUUGAAAGUGAGAGCUUAUGACAAAUCUUGUGAAAACAGUAAAGCAAUUCCCAUCAAUGAUGAACUGAGCGAGGAGAAAGCAAAUGUGGAAUGCGUGUACGUUCCCUCUCAUCUCUAUCACAUUCUCUUUGAACUAUUCAAAAACGCCAUGCGUGCCACUAUUGAAACAUAUCCAGACUCGUAUGAUCUUCCGCCAAUUCGGGCUUUGAUAGUGAAAAGCAAAGAGGACGUGACCAUCAAGAUCAGUGACCGAGGUGGCGGCAUUCCGCGACGUCUCAAGAAAAAAAUCUUCCAGUAUCUUUACACCACGGCCCCCAACCCUGUAUUGUCUGUGUCUACGGACGAUCCAAUGGCCGCUCAGAUGGGACAGCAAUCAGUUCCUUUAGCCGGAUAUGGUUAUGGUUUGCCAUUAUCCCGUUUAUACGCUCAAUAUUUUGCGGGCAACCUCCAGAUCUACUCAUGCGAUGGGUAUGGCACCGAUGCCGUUAUUUAUCUCCAAGCUCUAGCACGAGAUGCCAAAGAGAGAUUGCCCGUUUACCACGAAACCGGGUCCAAGAAGAUCUACGAGGCCCAAUUAGCGGCCAAUGAUUGGACUGAAUACGAUGGUAGUGUCAUAAAAAAAUAGGAAUCCAGUU